AUGCCUCCCCAGAUCAAGCAUGAUCUCAACCGCUCCGGCUGGGAGUCGACAGACUUCCCGUCCGUGUGUGAGAAUUGUCUUCCCGAGAACCCAUACGUGCAGAUGCUAAAAGAAGAUCACGGCGCCGAGUGCAAGAUUUGCACUCGUCCCUUUACCAUCUUCCGCUGGAAGGCUGACCGCACCUCGCGCCAGAAGCGUACCAAUAUCUGUCUGACCUGCGCGCGUCUGAAGAACUGCUGUCAAUGCUGUAUGCUCGAUUUGUCAUUCGGCUUACCGCUGCAAGUCCGCGAUGCCGCGCUCAAGAUGGUCGCACCUGGUCCCGACAGCUCGAUCAACCGUGAAUACUAUGCGCAGAACCAUGAGAAGGAGAUCGAGGACGGAAUCGGUGCUAUCGAGGAAUACGAGAAAACAGAUGACAAGGCGCGAGAGCUGUUGCGCCGCCUGGCCAACAGUGAGCCAUAUUACCGGAAACCCCGCCGCAUCGAGGGACCCUCAUCAGCAGCGGGCGAGGAGGGAGAGGAGGCUGGCCCAUCAGAUCAACCACGGACACAAUCUCGCUAUGGAAAUGGACCGGGUCCGGUACGCACAAACGAGGGACGUCUUGGGAAUAGAUUGCCUGGCCGUGGAGGUGCCCGUGGAGGUGCCCGUGGAGGUCGCGGUGGUGGCCGGGGUGGCCGUCCAUUCCCCAGCACUGCGCAGUUGCCCCCAUCAGCGGAAGACAUCAAGCCGCCUGCCGACCCCAAUGUGACUUCGCUAUUCAUCACAGGUGUUGAGGACGAUCUCCCAGAACACUCACUGCGCUCCUUUUUCGCCGAGUUUGGUCAAUUGCGCUCACUCGUCUGCUCCCAUCGCUCGCACUGCGCUUUUAUCAACUACGUCAACCGUGCCGACGCCGAGACCGCUGCAGAGAGUUGUCAGGGCAAGGCCGUCGUUAAUGGUUGCCCGCUGCGCGUGCGCUGGGGUAAGCCUAAGCCGUUGGAUAACAUGGACCGUGAGGAGCGAAUCCGAAAUGCUCGCGAUGGCCGAGCGGCCGCCGGUCCAGCCACAAAGGGGGCUCCUGGCAAGAAGGCGAUCACAGCGGCCGGCGAGGGUGCCGGUCAGCAAGAGAAGAGUCAAGGCUACGCUGUGGCGCCACCUCCGGGUUCGGGCCAGGUCCAGUACGCCAGUAUGUCUGGUGACUAG